GAAUGCACCAGAAACUCGACGAGAGAGGGAGAGAGAGAGAGGGAGAAAGAGAGAAGAGACGACGGAGCUCUGAGUGCAGGGAGGCGACGCGAGGGGAGGGCAGGGGAGGAGGAGAUUGGUAGUAGUAGUAGUAGUGGUGGUGGGUGGGGAGGAGGAGGAGCAGAGAAGCGCAUAAAGAAGACGGCUAGAUUGCCUUGAGUAUCCAUGAGCGGCAGCGCUGUAGUGAUCCGCAAUGGAUCCGACGUCCUCCAUCGCUUCGAAGACUGAAGAAGAAGAAUGGGAUGCUGAUGGUUUCGAGAUUCCAAGCUUGAAUACUGGCAAGCCGGCAGCGGGUCGCAAGGAGAAAUCAGAGUCGGACAAGUCUACACGACCAUCCUUCGAAAAAGUGAAAACAAAACCCGAGACUAUUUAUUUGGGGCCUCAUGGAGCCCCACCUAAGGGGCAAGAAGCUACGAGUCCAUCAAACAGAAAGCAGAGGCUGAAACAGAAGCUGAAGGAUGCUGAGAAAAAGGGUACUCCGUUGGGACGCGAAAAUAAGGUUGAAGUUCUUCGUGACCUGAUUGGGAGUAAAACUGGAGUUUCAUCCCCAAGGGCGGCUUCAGAGGGGUGGCUUGAGCCUUUCUGUCAUGAGAACCAGUUUGAAAGAGCCAAGCGUCCAGCUUAGCUUUGUCUCCACUACUUAUUACUUUCACUUGGGCGAUUUUUUUUUAUUACCAAGCAUCACUGUUGGUUGGUGAACGCACCUGACGGUUGAGUGGUGGUACUUUAAGGCCACGAAGAAAAUUAGCGGAUCUGACAUAGCUCACUAGGCUCCUGCAAUGAAUCUGUACAGAAUUAGGGGUUCACACCAUGACUGACAUAAUGUGUCUUCCCGUGUCACAUUUUCUUUGUUCGUCAAGUGAGGACCUUCGGCAAAAUGGUCAAUCUCUCUGUAUUUAUAUUCUGGGUAGCAAUCCCUUCAUGUCCAC